CCGGCAACACAGCGGCGAACCGUGUCGUGCUACGGGCUUCCUUCGUUCAGCAGCAGCAACUCCCGGCUCUCGUCCUCCGUCCCGCCUUCCCAGAGGCGGUGUGAUCUGAGAGGAGCUCCGCGGCUUUCCCUCCCCGUCGCUGCUGUUUCUUCCCCUUCAACUCCCCCCCCCCCCCCCCCCGCCUUCAGCGGGGCGCGGAGGCCAUGUUCCCCCCGGACUCCACCUGGAAUAUCUCCUUCGCCGGCUGCGGCUUCCUGGGGGUCUACCACAUCGGGGUAGCCAGCUGCCUGCAGGAGCAUGCCCCCUUCCUCGUCGCCAACGCCAGGAAGGUCUACGGCGCCUCAGCCGGGGCGCUCACCGCCACCGCCCUGGUCAGCGGCGCCUGCCUGGGUGAGGCUGGCGCCAGCAUUAUUCGAGUGUCAAAAGAAGCCCGGAAGAGGUUCUUAGGCCCACUCCACCCAUCUUUCAACUUGGUGAAGACCAUUCGGAUCUGCCUGUCCAAGACUGUGCCAGAGAAUGGGCAUGAGGUUGCAGCAGGACGUUUGGGUAUUUCCCUGACGCGGGUUUCUGAUGGAGAAAACGUGAUACUGUCAGACUUCAAUUCCAAGGAAGAGCUGAUCCAGGCCUGUGUCUGCAGCACCUUUAUACCUGUCUACUGUGGGCUGAUACCUCCAACCUUGCGUGGAGUGAGAUACGUUGAUGGAGGGAUUUCUGACAACUUGCCCCGAUAUGAGCUGAAGAAUACAAUCACGGUGUCUCCAUUCUCAGGAGAGAGCGAUAUCUGUCCACGGGAUGAUUCCACAAACAUGCAUGAGCUGAGAGUCACCAAUACAAGCAUCCAGUUCAACCUUCGCAACCUCUACCGCCUCUCAAAGGCCCUGUUUCCUCCGGAGCCGCAGGUGCUGCGGGAUAUGUGCAAGCAGGGCUAUCGGGAUGCACUGCACUUCCUGAAGAAGAAUGGUCUCCUUCAUCGUCCAAGUCCUGCCCGUCCUCUCCUUGCCAUAGAAGCACCCCCAGGAGAGAAGAAAGAGGAAGAAACAGAAGCUGAGGACCAACUAGAGGACAAUACUGCCCUUGCUGUUGUUGAAGAGCACAUCUUUGAACACUUGCCUCCCAGACUGAACCAAGCUCUUUUGGAGGCUUGUGCUGAAAGAAGAAGUUUCUUGACUGGCAUCACCAACAUGCUGCCUAUACGUGUGGCCACGGCAAUGAUGGUCCCCUAUAUGCUGCCUCUGGAGUCUGCAGUUUCCUUCACUGUCAGAUUGUUGGAAUGGCUCCCAGAUAUCCCUGAGGAUAUUAGAUGGAUGAGGGAGCAGAUGACUGAAAUCUGCAACUAUCUUGUGAAGAAAGCCAAGAAGAAACUGGGCAGCCAUCUUUCAGCCAGGCUUUACUAUCAUCUCGAGCUUGGAGGGCCGCAGAACCUGCCAAUUUCUUCCACGUCAGCUUGUGGUGAAGCCCUGCCUGUGUGGAUAAGAAGCAACCGUUCCGUGUCUGAUGUCAUGAUGAAGUGGGAGGAGUACCAGCGCCAGCUCAUGCUGGGCUUACUCUGCAUCAACGUGGACAUGCAGGCUUCCCUCUUCCCUCGGGAAGGGUUUCAGAUAAAGCUUCCACCUCUAGACUGUGCAAAAGAGUGCCUGCCACUCUUCUGAGCCUGCUGCCAUGCGGGGAUGAGGGUGGGUGGGAAGGGGACCAGUCUCAUCCCUCAGCAGCAGGACUGCCCUGUGCUCCUGACUAUGCUGCAAAGGGGGUUUCCCCGGGAUGGAGGCUGGUGGAAUUGACUGUAGCCAUUUGUUGCCCACUGGGCCAAGCAAGGGGUCUCUGUGUUCAAAGACACACAUGGGCUGCUACCUUGCUCUAGACUGGUGUUGAGGCCUGGCCAUUGCCCGUGGCCAGGCUGAUGCUGAUCCAGCUGGGCUCUCCCAAAUAAUGCACUUUGAAUUGCCGUUGGCUUUUUAUCGCCAAAUAAUUAGGACGUAGGUGACGUUCUGAAGUUCAUACAGCUUCCUCUGUUUUUUAGAGCAUGAGUCUUGUUUUUUUCUUAAAUCAUCUGACAUCCCUUAGCUCUUUGUGCUACUGAAAGAUGAAGUAGCCUCUUGCCAAACCAGUUUUUCUCAUGGUUUCUAAAUCUCCUCUUGACUUUCUUCUUUGCUGAAGCCACAUCCUUUCCUCCGUCCCUUAACUGCAUCCCCACUGGAAGCCAGAGCUGGCCCUGCUGCAGACUGUGCUGGUACUGCAGAAAUGUAGAAAAGUUAAGUAUUUAUGAUUCAUGUUGUUGUGGUCUCUCCCGUUUUGAUCUUUGUUCUCAUGGAACUGCUGCAGCUUAAACUCUGAAUGUUAAGUCAUUGAGUUUAUUUUAAAGAAGUAAUUUAGACAGUUGGUUUUUUUUUUUCCAGGGAAACGUGUUGAAUUUGAGGCCCCAUUCUUGUCACUGUGAAUGAAAUUAGUGUGGGGUUGCCCUGGAAAAGCUCAGGAUCAGUUUAGCAGCUGAUGCAACAUGAAGUGCUUGUAGGAAGGUGAGAUUGUGCUGGGCAUGUUAUUUUUGAGUGGCUUGUGGUGAAGCAUCACAGCAAGUGCUGGGGAAGCGGUUGCCUCUGACAGGGGUCAGGCUUUGCUCCUUAAGGGACUGUACAACUGAAGGAAGGUCCAAGUGGGUGAUACAGAAGGGAUCUCCUGCAAAACUGGGGCUUGGCUCUGUCUUCUGCUUGAAGAGUUUGGAUGUUGAGGCCUUGGAGUGAAAGGAUUUAGGCUUAUAGCUGUACUAGCCUCACAGCUUGCCUGUCUUGUGUCGUGGCUCGCUGGUACAGCUCUGCAGCUGGCAACAGCAGGAGCAUGAGAAGUGGAAGUGAAGUUAGGAGUGUUGGUGCAUGUGCAGCAUGCCUGGAACUGGACUGGCUACUUUUGGAUUGCCCUUCAAAGACUGGAGCUACUGGGUCUGUAGCAGGGCAGGACUCUGCCUUUGUAAGGUAUUGCCUUCUCAGUGGUGGUCUGGUUGUGACUUGCUGUGCAGAAACGUGAACUCUGUCCUUCACAGGGUGAGAUGUGGCUUCCUGUGGGGAUUGCAUGUACUUAAGCUUCAGUCCUCACACACUGACACAAAACCAGCUCCUGGUAUCUUUUUCUGCAGUGUGUCUAGCUGCAUGAGGCUUCUUCUACCUCUCCUAGCACAAACAGUCUGCAACUGGCCAAAGCAAACAUAUGCUGUCUUUGUUGGAGAGCAGAACAGGGUGUCUGAAGCUGAUUACAUAGCCUAUAUGUGGAAUAGUGAUAUAUAAUAGACUCUCUUAUGCACUUUUGAUUUAGACAGGGAAAUUAACCGCACAAGUUCUACUAAUAGCUGGAGAAAGUAGUGAAUCUGCUUGAUCACAUCUGCAGGAGCAGUGUGGGUGAGGUGGUGGGUGCUGUUUCUGACCAGCACAAUUGUGCACUGGACGUGGGCUUGAGUCUUUGUGGUGGAGACUGUGAAUAAGCAUCAGGACUUUUCUGCAGUGGCCAUUGCAAGCUGGGAGGCAAUAAAGCAGGCAGCUGUGGUGCUAACCCACUGCCUGGGAGACACCAGUGCAAAUACGAGCUCGUGACUUAGAGUAUCGCCCCACUGCCCUUCCUGGAUGUAACCUAACAAGGGCCUGCAUUGCUUCUGAAGCAGGCCUGCACUUACGCAGUCAGAUUUAGUCUUAAGCUUCACAUAGUUAAGGCAAUUAGGGAACAGGGAAGUCGCUACAGGAAGAGGAAAAAAAAAAAGAGGAUUCGGAAACCAGAAUAGGAAUACUGGGUUAUAAAACAAGUCAAUCUUGUGAUUGUCUAAAGCCUGCAGAAAAAACUUACUGCUAGAUGGAUAGAACUAAACAAAGUGAAUCAUAACAAGCAACUGCCAGUUAGUGGGAACAGGAUGAAUUUGAUGAAAAUUGGAGUUGAGAAAAGGUGUUUAUCUUGCGGUUUGGUGUGGGAUUUCUUUUCUUCCACUGCUUUGGGCUGCCUUCUUUGGGGGACCAGCACAUGUGCAGCUGCUUAGUUUGCCAAAUGCACAUCUCUUGUCCCUAGAGCACACAGAGCAAUUGGCAGGAAUAUACAGAUAUUUAGUGGCAAGAUUGAAGGUAUUUCAUCCAGAAGCAAAACAUCUGUGAGGAGCAAAGCUGGAUAAGGAAAGUCCUGUGCUUAGAAGCUGCUGCCCUUUUGACUCUGCCUUGUUUGUGUUGAUAUAUGGGUGGAGAAAAUGAUGCAACUAUUUUUUUAUCCCUUCUUCCUGGACUGGUAAAACCACUGAGUGAUUAUGUAAACCACUAAACUAUGAAAUAAAACUCUCUUGGCAACAGUGCACUAAGAAAUUGCAGCUUGGCACCCUUAUCCCCUGGGUCUCCUCUGUUCUCCUUUUGCAUCAGAACUAACUGGGAUGGUGCCACUGUCUUCCAGUGCUCUGAUCCAGAAGGCUUGCUGGUUCUGGUCUGUAUGUUUCAAGACAUUAACUGCUGUGCCUGGUAAAAGGCCUGAGGUUUUUUUGUCUUUUACUUCGACUGCUGUUCGGUUUCUUAUAUUAACCAUUCAAAGAGAUGCUUUUGUACACUUCAAAGUGUAACCACAAACCAAAGCCUGGCUUUAAAUAUAAAGGUCUAACUCUUCAGGGAGGAAACUCCUGUUUUCCCUAUGCUAAUUUGCAGGGUGUGAACGGAUACUGGGAAAGCACCACUGUAUUAACCCUUUCUUUGCCUGUGCUUAUUCCCCCAGUAAUUCAGUGGCUGUUGAGUGAUAGCUUGUUGGUUUUAUAGAUUUAAGGUCUGAUAAAGGAACUGCAGACCUGUCAAAACUACCCCAAACUACCCUCUUCUUCCUUAAGAGAAGUUUCACACAUUUGUUUGAAAUUUUUGCUGCUCGUUCAUCACAGAUUAUAAAGGAUGAAGGAAGUAGGGGAAAUCUUCUUGUCCACUGAUGCAGAAAAAGACCUAUGGCUGCUUUUUGCCUUGUCUAGCUCACUUCUUUGAAAUAACUGGAAACCUUGUGAUAGGCUCUGGAUUGGAUAUAGAGGGGUUUGUUGUGAUAGGGCUAACUGGAAUUCUUCAAGCCUUUGUUCUGUGUGUUCCUCAUGGCGUGCAUUAUCUUCCGGGCAGCAGUUGCUGAUUAACCUACAUUGUCAAGAUCAUAGGAACAAGGUUAUCCUCUGUAGCAGUCAGUCCCUUCCUCAGCAAAAUGUGGCUGGGCGGCCCAGUGGGUGGUUGCCAGGGCCUGUCUGCUCUCCAAUAUAUGGUGGUUGAGAGGUCAGGUUCCUGGACCAAAAGUCCAUCUUGCAGUCCAUGUCCAAUCAUCCUUACAGCAUUCACUUGAACUCUGCAAGAGUCCCAACUCUAGCAGUUUCUACUGUUUUACAUAAAGGGUCUGUGUAUUCAGGAAUCCACUUUUUUUUUUUCUCCUUCCUGUGAUACAGAUACUACCUGCUGCUUUUAACAAGGCUAAUGGUGAACUACUCCUGCAUCUAACCAGCCCCUAACCCGUACAACACUGUAGAGUUGUUUAUGUCGUGCACAACAGUCCGUAUCUAUGGCAUGCUCUGUAAGCCACGAUGCGCGUGUGGUAUGUUGGGUUUGGUUUGCUGCCUGCCCUACUGUUAAUACUGUUGCAAGCUGAUUUUCAAGGGGUAGGAGAAAAUACUUCACUUCUGACCGUGAUCUAUAGGACCUAGGAAUUGUUUUCUUGUAACUUAGAGGGCUGUGUAGCUGCAGCACUCAGACCAGAGAAUAAGAGACGAUCUGCUGUCUGCCAGCACUGGGGUGUCCCUAGAGCUUACUAUAUAUUCCCCAGUGGUUUUGUCCAUUUUUAAGAAUGAAUCUGGUAAUUCACUCCUUCCUCUGAGAGAAGAGCUCUCGCUUUCACUAAAGUGGUUGUGGGAGGAAUAUCUGAAACUCUGUGUGCUUCCCUUAGGGGUCCAUUUCUGCUAAACGCAUGCUGGAUGCGGUGGGUGGUGGGGUUGGGCGUCGCCAAAGUCAGAGGACCUUGCCAGCAGUUUUCUCAAGCUUGGUUUCCAUCUUCCCCUUAAAUCAAUGAGUGAAUGGACCACCUCACCUGGCUGCUGUGUCUGCCAGUUUGUGCCAAACACACCUUGUGCCUUGAUGGUGGGCUCUGGCCUGCCUGCCCCCCCGUGUCCCUGCGCUGUCUCCUCUCCCUCCUUCCCCUUGCCCACGGGUGGCACGUUGCUGUUUCCAACCCGCACUAGGACAGUCUCACUGUGUGGACCCACACCAGCCCUCCUGCACAGGGAGGGGAAACCUCUAGUUCCAAACAGAAGACUUAGAAAUGUAACUUUUGAAAUAAAUACCUCUUUCUUCCCGGGUUUUCUCUUGCUCUUGAAAACAGCAUCUAAAGCAGCUCUCUGACUUAUAUUUGAGUCCCAGGGACAUAUUUGUCCCUGGGACUCGGCUGCUGUCGCCGAGUUUGGGAAGACCCUUAAACACACAACACACGUGGAGAUCCUGUGGAAAUUACUGAUGUCAGAGCAGCAACUAGACCAGCAAUAGCAUACGCAAGUCAUGUAUUUACACAGCAAUGUCACUAAGUAGUGUUCACAGUCACUUUAAAAGUUCAGUAUUAAAUUGUUGAUGCUUUUUUUGCUCCUGUUUCUUUUUUCUAAUGUUUUGCUGAAGAAAAUGUAACUAUUUAUUUUGGCAGAAAUAUACCUUCUAAUAAAAACUUUCUAAAUAUA